AAACACAAUCCGUAGGUCCUAAGCAAGACCCGAAUAGUGAGUUGCUCACAUUGCUGUAAUUCCGUUAUUUAUCUGUUCACGUUUUACUUCGAGCUGCAGCAGAGACUAAACAGUGGAACUUCCGGUUGAACAAUGGCGGAGGAAGAGUUACCAUCGGGGUGGGAAAAGCGAUUGAGCAGGUCUACUGGUCAACAUUACUACCUCAACAUCUACACAAAGGAAAGCCAAUGGGAUCGACCAGAUAAACCUGCAGAGCCCGUUUCUAGUAGUGGCCCAGAGCAGGUUCAAUGUAGUCAUUUGCUUGUAAAACACCAACAUUCUAGAAGGCCAUCUUCUUGGCGAGAAGAGGAGAUAACACGAACUAAAGAAGAGGCCCUUGAUUUAAUAAAAUCAUAUCGAGAACAAAUAGUUUCAGGACGUGCAUCGUUUUUUGAACUAGCUCAGAAAUACUCAGACUGCAGUUCAGCCCGUCGUGGUGGUGAAUUAGGCCUAUUUGCCCGAGGUGCAAUGCAGCGACCAUUUGAACAAGCAGCAUUUGCUCUCAAGGUUGGCGAAUUAAGUGAGCCAGUUACAACAGAUUCUGGAAUUCAUAUUAUUCUUCGCACUGCUUAACUGAUUUUCUUCCACUGGUUGGGAUAAUGUACAUUAAAUAGACAAAGUAUAGAGAGAAUGAUUGAAUUGUUCUGUUAAAUGAAUGUAAGAAAUACUUUAAUCAUCAGUAUAUAAAUAGGAAAAUGUAUAGAAGCGCUGAUUCAUGAUAACUUGCUGAGUAAAGUGAAAUGUUUCAGAAAAUCUGUAUAUUGUGCAAAUUUAAUGCAUGAUUAUGCCUAAUACAGUUUUCAUAUCAUUCUUUUAGGUCUUUUUGACCAAGAAUAUUAUGGCAAUUUGUUACCAUUAGUAAUCAUUCCUAUAUACUACUAACUUUUGUUUAUAUGUUUUCUUGCUUUGCUGAUUUUACAGUAUUGUUAAAACAGACUGAUUAAUUGUUUCAAUAUUUAGAAUCAAAUUUAAGUAUUCUGAAGAUUUAAUUCUUGUUCUUAACAAGUUAUUUCUUGGGUAUUAAAUAAACUGAAAUUUGCUACUGUCCUUAUCUUGAAAAUAGUUUGUGCUUUAUUCUUAAGGUAUGAUUCUUUGUGAAAUCAGGUCGUAUUUCUUUGAGUUGAUGAAUACAUGUGAUCUUGUGAAUUAUAGAUUGUAUGCACUCUCUGCAUUAGUUGUUACAACGUGUGAUAUCAACAAUCUUCUAUAUCUGAAUAUAACCUUGGCAUGUUAAGCUGUAUGUUAAAUGUAGUUGACCACUUUGAAUUAGGAAUUAUGUAAUCUUCAUAAAAUAUGGAGAAGAAAAUACAAAUUCCAUUGGGAGUUCAUUAAUUAAUUCCUAAUGUAAUAAAAUGUGAUGCAGGAAAAUCAGUGCAUUUAUUCAUGUGACUUGUUAGUUGUUUUGAGUAUUUCAUGUUUAACCCUAUGAAAUGCUAUGUUUAUGAUAGUUGACAAUAUUGGGUUUCAAAUGAUAUGUUCAAUGUAUCUGAAGUUUGCAUUGCAUUAUUAGAUUCCAAAUCAAUCUUUAAAAAAUUGAUAUUGUCUUGUUUUUUCCUUUAUAUAAUAUUUAUUGGAUCUAUUUAUUAGAUCCAUCACUUACAAGGAAUUAAGCCAUCUGCAGAUUUGUAAAUUAUGCUGGAAACUUUAUCAUACAUUAUAUUAUCAUGUUUAGUACACUCUGCAUGCUCCCAUUUAUGAAAAUUCUGCUUGAAAGCUCUGUGUAAACUUUUUUACAAAGAUUUAAUGUAUACACUAGACAGAAAUAUGUUAAAUAAUGAAGCACUUAUUAUGCUGGAACACUUUGUUUAAUUUUGAUAUCUCUUCGCACAAAUUUAAAGUCUUAGCCAACAAUGUCAUUACUAACUACGUUUAUUUGUGGAUAUAUUUUUUUCCUUCACGUGUACAGUAAGUGUCUGUGUGAAAUGAAAUAAAGUUUCAUUUUUAAGAGUAAGAAUAUCUUGCAUUGUGAAAAUUAUGAUGGUUCCUUCCCAAUGGUGACAAUGGGGUCUUAGUUUUACAUUCGUACAGAGUGAAGAAAUCAAAUGAAAUGCUAACUGAAGUUAUUUUACAAGGAUUCUGAGCUUUCCAUUUCCUAUUUUCAACUUGAAACUACAUUUAUUUUAUUUAAGUAUCAUGUAAAAAACACUGUAAAUGCAAAUAGAUUUGAAAUAACAUUCUCUGAUGUAUCAGUCAUACUUUUUUAUUAAAGGUGAGUUUUAGUAAGUUAAAUGAGAUAACAAUUUUACAAAUUUGACUCUGUUGAUGGUAAGUGCAAGUUAGAAGAAUGAUUUCUAAACACAGCAGAGAAAUAAACCUCCAAAGACUGGAUAAUCACAAAUUUAUGACAUUCAUGUAAAAACUAAAAAGAAAUUUUGGAAAAAUAUUUUUAUCUAAGAAAAUUUCCAACAUUGUCAAAGUAAUGUCCCUAUUCAUAAAAGACAUUUGAAAAUUUUUAUUAGUCUGUAAAGUAUUUUUGUGCCUUUAUCAUUGCUAACAAACUUGAUAAACCUUUAUCAAUUAAUACAUACAUUUAAGUUUUGUGUUUAAGUUUUGUACAAAUAUAUACAGGCAAAGAGCGAAGAAAAUUCUUUUAGAAUUAUAGGUUGUUAAUAAAAUUAGAAUUAUUUUUUAAACAAAAAUGGAUAAAUAUUCUGGUUCUUUUUCUUUUCUCACUUAAAUAAUCAAUGAAUAUUUUGAGGGAAAUAUUGAAGGUGUUUUUUGUUUGCU